CUCUCUCUCUCUCUCUCUCUCUCUCUCUCUCACACCAAAUCUUUAAUCUCCUCGCAGUUACCAUUUUCUCAUCUUCUUCUUGCCUCUGUUCGAACAUCUCUGCUAUAUUUGUCAAGCGUAUCACCACCAUACUGAUCUCCAUAAUUCUUCCUCUGUAUAUUGCAAAAGAUUAACCUAAUCUUCACUCGAACUCUACUAAACUUUCCUCCGGGAAAGGAGAAGGAAAACUUCCCAUAACUAGUGUGACACUCUGUGCAUAUAUACCAACCUCCUCUUGCUUCUUUUGCAGAUUCACUUGACCUCUGUCGUUUUUUUGGCUAGCCCUGCAUCUCUCUUCUAGUAGAUUUGUUCUGUUUAUCCAUUUUGUCGAAUUGUUGUCCGUUCUGAUUAUCUGCUGAUAAUGGCACCACCAAACGACCCAGCCAAGCCGCUCGCCAAUGUCCUUCGGGCCAAAGCCCAGCAGAAUCACUUCGACCUCUCCGAGGGCAAGCUCUCAGUCAACGGAGUCAACAUCCUCAGCGAAGUCCCCAGCAACGUCUCGCUGACCCACUUCUCCUCCACUCGCCGCUCCUCCGACGCGCCCCUCCCCCUGCUCCUGCGCGUGGACUCCACCGCCAGCCGCGGCUGCUUCCUCGGGUUCGCCCACGACGAGCCCUCCGAUCGGCUCGUGAACUCCCUCGGCAAGUUCUCCGACCGGGAGUUCCUCAGCAUCUUCCGGUUCAAGACGUGGUGGUCGACCAUGUGGGUCGGGUCGUCCGGGUCGGACCUCCAGAUGGAGACCCAGUGGGUCCUCCUCAACGUCCCGGAGGCCUCGUCCUACGUGGUGAUCGUCCCGAUCGUCGAGGGGGCCUUCCGGUCGGCCCUCCACCCGGGGCGGGGCGGGCACGUCACGAUUUGCGCGGAGAGCGGGUCCACACGGGCGACCGCCUCGUCCUUCGAGGCGAUCGCGUACGUCCACGUGUCCGACAACCCGUACAACGUGAUGAAGGAGGCCUACGGCGCCAUCAGGGUGCACCUCAACACCUUCAAGCUGUUGGAGGAGAAGACCGUCCCACCGCUCGUGGACAAAUUCGGGUGGUGCACGUGGGACGCCUUCUACCUCACCGUGAACCCGACCGGGGUCUGGCACGGGGUCCGGGAAUUCGCCGAAGGAGGCGUGUCCCCGAGGUUCCUCAUAAUCGACGAUGGCUGGCAAAGCAUUAACCACGACGGGCAGGACCCGAACGAGGACGCCAAGAACUUGGUCCUCGGCGGGACCCAGAUGACCGCCAGGCUCCACAGGCUGGACGAGUGCGAGAAGUUCAGGAAGUACCGGGCCGGGACAAUGCUCGGCCCCGGCGCGCCCUCCUUCGACCCGAAGAAGCCCAAGAUGCUGAUCGCCAAGGCCAUUGAGGUCGAGCACGCGGAGAAGGACCGGGACAAGGCAGUCCAGUCCGGGGUCAAGGAUCUGGCCGAGCUCGAGUUGAAGAUCGAGAAGCUCAAGAGAGAGCUUGAUCAGUUGUUCGGAGGGGAGGAAAGCGGAGAGGAUUACGGCGCCGGAGGGUGCAGGAAAUGUGCCGGCAAGAGUGAGAAUUACGGGUUCAAGGCCUUCACUACGGACUUGAGGGAAAAGUUCAAGGGCCUGGACGACAUAUAUGUUUGGCACGCGCUAUGUGGUGCCUGGGGCGGGGUUCGACCAGGGUCCACCCAUCUGAAGUCCAAGGUCGUCCCCACCAAGCUCUCCCCGGGGCUCGACGGGACCAUGACCGACCUAGCCGUGGUGAAGAUCGUCGAGGGCGGGAUUGGGCUCGUCGACCCAAGCCAAGCAGGAGAUUUCUACGACUCCAUGCACUCCUACCUUGCUAGUGUCGGCAUCACUGGAGUCAAGGUGGACGUCAUCCAUACUCUCGAGUACGUUAGCGAGGAAUAUGGAGGCAGGGUAGAGCUCGCAAAGGCCUAUUACAAGGGCAUCAGCGAUUCGCUCGCCAAGAACUUCAAGGGAAGCGGGCUCAUCUCCAGUAUGCAACAAUGCAACGACUUCUUCUUCCUGGGCACUCGACAGAUCUCCAUCGGAAGAGUAGGAGACGAUUUCUGGUUCCAGGACCCGAACGGCGACCCGAUGGGAGUGUACUGGCUGCAGGGCGUGCACAUGAUCCACUGCGCCUACAACAGCAUGUGGAUGGGCCAGAUCAUCCAGCCCGACUGGGACAUGUUCCAGUCGGACCACCUGUGCGCCAAGUUCCACGCGGGGUCGCGGGCUAUCUGCGGCGGGCCGGUCUACGUGAGUGACUCAGUGGGCGGCCACGACUUCAGGCUCAUCAAGCAGCUCGUGUUCCCGGACGGGACCAUCCCGAAGUGCCAGCACUUUGCCCUGCCCACCAGGGACUGCCUCUUCAGGAACCCCCUCUUCGACAGCGAGACCAUCUUGAAGAUUUGGAACUUCAAUAAGUAUGGUGGUGUGAUCGGGGCAUUCAAUUGCCAAGGCGCCGGUUGGGACCCCAAGGAGCAGAGGAUCAGGGGCCACUCCGAGUGCUACAAGCCGAUGUCUGGAUCGGUCCAGACCACGGACAUCGAAUGGGACCAGACCAAGGGCUCGACCCAAAUGGGCACGGCCCCUGAAUUCGCGGUCUAUCUCGGCCAAGCCGAUGAGCUCAUCCUGACCACCCCGAGGUCCGGCCCGAUCAGCAUCACCAUCCAGCCAUCUUGCUUCGAGAUCUUCAGCUUCGUGCCCAUCAUGCACCUCGGACCUAAUAGCACCAAAUUCGCGCCCAUUGGGCUCACCAGCAUGUUCAAUUGUGGAGGCACGAUUCAAGAUUUAGAGUACCAUGAUUUCGGGGCUAAUGUCAAGGUUAAGGGUGGGGGUGUGUUCCUGGCGUACUCGAGCGGGGCUCCCAAGAAGUGCACGGUGAACGGCGUUGGGGCCGUGUUCGGAUGGUCAUCGGAGGACGGCAAGCUUACUGUGGAUCUCCCUUGGGUUGAGGAACUGGGAGGCGUCUCGACCGUGGACCUCGUCUUCUAAAUCUAUUUGAGCGAGUCCCGCUAGCAAUAAUGCGUUACAUCUAUGUUUGAGGGAGUUUAAUUCAAGAUAAACGUUUUCAAAUUCCAUCUUUUUUGCGAGUCUUUUGGUUUAAUGAUGUAAUUAAGAGAAUAUAUGGGUGUAAAAAAUAUCAUCCAUGUAACUCCUCAAUGACAAUUAAAGUCUAUUACGUAUUUAUUUUCCUAA